UGUAGGAGGGACUGAGGAAAUACCGAGGAGAGGACGGAAACAGGAGCCACAGCGGUGUGCAAGAAUAAGACAGAACUGCGCUUCUGGAGGAGGAUCACACCGGAGUGCUUCACACAUGCUAAGCUCAGGGACAAUGGAUGAAUUCGUUACCGAAGAGGAAGAGCCUUGGUACGACCAGCGGGACCUGGAGCAGGACCUGCACCUGGCUGCAGAGCUUGGGAAGACUUUGCUGGAAAGGAACAAGGAGCUGGAGGACUCCCUGCAGCAGAUGUACAUCACCAAUGAAGAGCAAGUGCAAGAAAUUGAGUACCUAUCGAAGCAGCUCGAAGUCCUUCGGGACAUGAACGAGCAGCAUGCAAAAGUGUACGAGCAGCUGGACGGGACUGCACGGGAGCUUGAACGCACCAACCAAACACUUGUGAUUAACAGCAAGGCCUCGCAGCAAAAGAUAGAGCGGUUAACAGGGACCGUUGAGACUCUGCAGAAUCAGGUGGAGUCCCUCACAGGACAGGUGGAUCAGCUUCGCUCCAUGGAAAAGCUCAGAGUCAAGAGGGAGAAGAGGGAACGACGCAAGACCAUUCACUCCUUCCCUUGUCUGAGGGAACUUUGCACAGCACCCAGAUACGAGGAUGAGUUUGUGGUGGGCAGGGCUGAAAGCUUCUCUGUGGAGGCGAAGCGUCAGCCAUUUGAAGAGGAGAACCAGCACCUGAGGGAGGCCGUGUCAGCUCUGCGAGCAGCUAUCCGGACGGAGAGGGGCCGUCGAGAGGGUGUGGAGAAGGAGUGCAACCUCCUACUUGCAGAUUUCUCGCGUCUGCAAACACGUGUGCAGGAUGCUGAGAGCUGCCAGGCAAGGGUGCGGGAGUUGGAGGUGGAGCUGCAGGAGCUGCAGCAGCUACGCCGCGCCAGAACUUUCCUCCUUGGAAACGAAGAUGAUGGUGUCACACUCACCCAGACGGUCCUCAAUAACACCCCGGAGACUGACACCUUCCUGGAGGGUGACGUCGGGGAGACGGGAGGAGGCGUGAGGGAGGAGGCGGAGGGCGGAGCCGGCGUGGGCGGGGAAGCGCUCCCUGAGUCAAACCCUGUGAGGAAAAGCUGUAGCGACACCGCGCUCAACGCCAUUGUUGCCCGGGAUGCAUCUGGGCGCAGGAGAGGGAGCUACGCCCUGCACGCCAACAGCGUGAGGAAGCGAGGCAUGUCCAUCCUCAGGGAAGUGGAUGAGCAGUAUCACGCUUUGCUGGAGAAGUACGAAGAGCUGUUGGGAAAAUGUCGACGCCAUGAGGACAGCCUCUGUCACGCUGGUGUCCAGACGUCCCGACCCGUCUCCCGAGACCCUUCCAUGAAGGACUGCGCCAUGGGCCACACCCCUGCACCGCCACCGACCCCCACCCAGUCGCCCUCAACACCAGAGGCCAUUGAGAUGAUUGGCAAGCAAGUGGAGGCGGUGGAUAAGCGUCUGGGACAGAACACUCCAGAGUACAAGGCUCUCUUCAAGGAGAUAUUCUCUCGGAUCCAGAAGACCAAGAUGGACAUUAAAGCUACCAAAGCUGCUAAAUCCAGUAAAUCUAGCAAAUCGAGCAAAUCUAGUAAGCAGUGAAGCGUCUAGGGAACGGCUAGGUACAAUACCAGUGCUCUGUGCUUCCCGGCAGUGGAACAUUUUUCACAAACCAACCAACUCAAGUGCAGUAUAGAAAAUGUCAAGUUGACGCUAACACUAGAAUACGAGUAGCAUGUAUUAACAGUGUACAAAAAAAUAAAAUAAAAUCAACAUAGUUCAGUACUUGUAGCUAGAAUGACAAUUAGUAUUAGAGUUCAGACCCAGGCCCCGAUUGGAUCAUCAAGUUUCCUGCUUUUUUUUAAAUGGGAUAUUAUUUUUAAUGCCACACAUUUUUGUGAACAAUGAAACAAAACAGUAGACAAGAUUGAAGCACUGAAAAAAGUAAAUAAGUAAACAUACUAGCACAUUUGCAGCUGGCACAAUGGUAGCAUUGAGACUGACUCUGAAAGCAAAAAGAAAAUUAAAUUCCUCUUAAUAAA